AUGCCUAAUACACAAGAGUCAGCUCAAUUGAAGGUUCUUAGGAAACAACGGGCUUCGAUAAAAGCACAGAUUACGCGUAUAGAGUCCUAUUUGAAUGAGGGAGAAUAUUUCGACGUGCAUGAUUUACAAAGUCGUAAGGAAAGGGCAAUAGAGUUAGGCAGAAAAUUCGAAGAAAUUCAGUUGAGUAUAGAAAUAGAAGACGAAGAAUCGGAUCAUAAUGUCGAAAGGGAAAAUUUUGAACGUAACUAUUUCAGAAUAAUGAGCAUCAUUAAUAGACGGAUUGAGGGAUUUCGAGCUCCGCACACAUUGAUAAAUUCCGGUAGAGUCACAGAGUCGCCAAAUACUGUAAUGAUAAGACAAGAGAGCACGCUUCUACCAAAAAUAGAGAUCAAACGAUACGACGGUAAUCCAAUUGAGUGGCAUAGCUUCCACGAUACCUUUAAAACAGUAGUCCAUGAUAAUCAAGACAUACCAUCGGUGCAAAAAUUCCAUUUAUUGAAAAAUGCGUUACGUGGGGAAAUCGCGUCGGUAAUUUCCGCUUUAAAUGCGUCGGAACCCAACUAUCUGGUAGCUUGGGAGUUGUUGCAAAGACGGUGCAAUAAACCGCGACAAAUAGUUCAGUCUCAUUUAAAGGUUUUGUUUGAAUUAACGGAGGUAACGCGUGAUACACCCGCGAAUCUAAGAUCCUUGGCGGAACAAGCACAAAUGCAUGUAGAGGCACUCGCGACAUUAGGUCAACCUACAACACACUGGGACGCAAUAUUAGUUUAUUUGAUAGGCAAAAAACUAGACAAAAAUACACGGCGCGGAUGGGAACGCACUUUAGAAAUCGACGAGAUGCCAACGUUCGAGCAAUUAUUGAAAUUCAUAAAUAAACAGGCGCGCGGUGAAGAGCUCGAAACGGAAGUUCCUACUACAUCUAGGGGAACCGACCGAUUUCAACGAAAUAGGGUCAGUUCUAAGGGUCACACUUAUGUAGCAAUGGCGAACGUUAAUAAAUGCGUAAUGUGUAAAGACAAUCACGAAAUAUAUCAAUGUAAACAGUUUUUGCAAGCAGCAGUUCGCGAUCGGUUAGAUGUUAUAAAAAGAAGCAGAUUAUGUCUCAAUUGCUUUCGAUCCAACCACUUAGUUAGUAAUUGUCAAGCUAACGGUUGCAAAAAAUGUAAUCAGAAACACAAUACCUUACUACAUUUUAACAACGAGAACAGAGUAAAUACUAGUAAUAAUACUACACAAGUAGAAAACCAGGCAUCAAAUUCAGGAACGAAUGCGACCGCAUUAACGGUUACAUGCGGUUCCGAAAUGGAGGGUCACAAACUCAUUUCAUUACAAACGAAUUAG